GGUGCAGCAGGAAGUAACCGCGUCCAGCCCAGCCUUGAAUAAGAAGAAGCUAACGCCGUUUAACUGCACCAACCCGCUGCACAAAACCAAGAAAGUAAAAGUCACAGAUUGUCUCGUGUCUUGAGCUGAAAUGAGUGCUGCUGUACCCAACCAUAGAAGGACCAAGCCCGGCGGAAUAAAGCCCGGGGCUGCCAACAGCGGCGUGACUGGACCGACCUCCCAGAUCCCCGGUUUGUCCCAGAGCGCCGACGAAACCUCUCCAGUGGAGAGGAUCAGCGGACGGCGAGUUGGGAUAUUCGAGACGGACUCGGAGUACGUCAAGCUCGCUAAGGGAGGGGGACAUAAAGGGCUGUUGAGUCAUGAUGCUGAUUCCGAGGACCAACCGAAGAAAGCCUACAAUCCACCCAACUGGUUUGGAGGUGAUGAGUCAAAGAGCGGCAGCAAAGCAUCGUCUCCCGACAACGAGGUGAAGGCGGGCCGGCAGCCUCUGGCUGCACCGUUUGGCACUGAUAACGGUUCGUCCUGGGAAAGAGAGACUGAUAGAUUUACCCAGGGUAAAGAUAAGAUGUCUCCGGAUGGAGCCGUUGGUCAGAUGGAGGGUCUGUCCUUAACCAACAAAUACAAGAGAACAUCUUACGAUAAGAAAGCUCCGCCGGUCAGCAUGUCCAAGCUGCUGAGUCACGGAUACGUGGAGGAAAAGAAGAAGUCUCCCAAUGACGACGACACCUCAAGUGUGACCUCAGAACAGACCAGCACCAUCGGGACGGAGGACGUGGACGACCUGGAGUAGAACUCGCGGUUCUCGUCUGGAGGGAACGAGGGGUCCUCUAGCUCCGGUUCAUGGUGUCACAAGUCCACGAACACGCCCCUCUCGGAUUCACUCGCAUUUACUGUACAUCCACUGACUGUUAGGUUUUGUACUCAUGUUUAUGCAAAGGUACCGUCCUCUCUAUUUAUUUUUGCUUCGAUUUGUAAAAAACACGGAUUUAGUUCUCCGGUAGACGUGUCGCGGUAUUUUUCAUUUCUGUGUUUUCUCGAUUUGAAAGACAAGUCGUGUGCAGGGCUGGAAACUAACAAGAAACAACAAGAGGCCGGUUGGAUUUUUAUUUUCCGCGUUCGGCUGCUGUUAGUUUCCCUCCCUGGUUGUAUGAAGAUCGAGUUUGUGAAGUUUUAAAGUGUUCGUGCUAAUCAAUUGUGGUUCCAGUGACGUGAAAUAUUAUUCUGUUUCGACCAAGGGCUCCUGCUGUCUGAAGGGAUGUUGGAGGUUCGUGUGUUUUCAGCUGCGGGGGGCGAACGCGACCAAAUGAUUCGAUGAAACAAAGGGGCCAAAAUAUGACGUUUAGCUCGCUGCUCUGCAAAAGGUUGCUUCAUUCCACGAUCCCACCUCAAACAGAGGCUCUAAAAUCGAGAAACCUGCAGCUGUGGUGUUUUUUGUUUUAAAAUCUGUGAGCUGCUUUUAAGUUAAAUGGAUUCUACGUGUAACUCAAAUCAGAACAACAAACAAAUCGAGUCAAAUAAGUGGCAUAUCUUGUGUUCAAGUGCAACGGUGCCAAGAAGCUUCUGAAUUUGUCGAAACCCGUCAGUGUUCCAGCCAAACAACACAAAUCUCACGUAGCAACACCUCAAGCGUUCGGUUUCCUUCUGCAGGACGACGAGCUCAAAUCCAACUCCGCCGCAAUUCCCUGUGAAGAUAAAGGCAGACGAGUUUAAGAUAACAAAAAAAAAAACGUGAGUUCUGAACAUGCCAACCAAGCAGCUUUUCCCUGCUCGCGCAGUGUUUUCGACUUUGUAGUCAUCAGUAGGAGAAGUUAGUGUUAGUGCACAGCCUGGUCACGCCGAAGCCUCCAUCUCAUGUGUUCGUGGACGUGAUGGGACGUUUAGCCCACAUAGAUGAGAGACACUGUUACCGCUGCAGCAUUUUUGGCACAAAACGCUUCGAAUCAUGUUCGCUAAAGUUAUAAAAUAGUCUUUAAAAAAAUCAAGAAUAUUCUGUUGUCGCUAAUAACGCAUGUUGACACUGUAAAAAUGUGACUUUUUGUCAUAUAUUAGAUGACAGCUAGAACCUGAAUCAUGAGUUUAGGAGCUGAAUACAUUCCAGUCAAGCCCUAAAUUAUUCAUACCUGGACUAAAUUUUGAUUUAAAGCUCUUUUUUUUAAUUUGACAAAUUGGUUUCUUGUGGCUGGAAGCGACACAAACACGUAACAAAAGACUGUAAGAUAUCGAAAUGCUAAUGCUGAGUUUGAACUAUUUGUAAGCUGCUUUUUACAUUUCUGCUGAAAAGAUCACGCACAAAAUGAUUCACGUUCUUUCAA